UCGCCGAGUUGGAUGGACGUACGUUGUGCGUUCCUCUCGAAGUGUGUUCGAAUGACAGUGACUAAAGUGCUGUGCUGAACUAAACGGAUUAUUUUUCUGUACUAUUUAUAUUUAUUGUUCGUGUUUUUUGGAUAUUGUGUGUGUGGACGGAUUCUUUUUAUCAAUUGGAUUGCAUUUUGGAUGCGAGCUCAAGAGGUGGACGGAGUCAACCGUAUGUGUUCAAAUCAAAUACUGCCUUCCUUCGUGUACACGUCUGUUAGCUAACCAAGUAAUGGCGCGAAGUAAUUCGUCUUGGUGAACGUAUUAUCGCACGUGAACCUAACUAGAUUAGCAUUGUGUACGCGGCGGUGGGGUGCGGCGUGCCGCCUCUAUGCCGCAUCGACGCAGGUUCGACAUACAUCGGGACGUCGCCAGGUCGCUGUUGAAGAUAAGUGGAGUGCAGGGAGUGAGGUAACCUGGCUGGAGGAAGAAACAAGCUCAACCAACGACAAUACAAAACCGUCAUGUGUUCCGAAACCAAGUACCUAAGCGUCACAUAGUUAUACAUCGAAUAAUGCACGAUCCGUCCAAACACUGCCAAACUUUAAAAACGAAUUUAUUAGUGUAUAGAUUUACGUGUUCACCGCGAGUGUAGUGACUUGUGUUAGACUGUCAGUGUGAGCGCCAUCUGGCGUGAUCGAGGCGCGGCACGGUGGCGGGGACGCCUGCGCCGUCGGGGCCGGCGUUGGCGAUGCCAUUUAUUGAAGACGAAUGGUGGUCAGCGGAGAAUGAAGGCAGGAUGGUCGAUCUCUCCAAUUGCCUUCAGGACGCGGUAGCCGCGAGUGGUCAUGCAGCAACUCAACUCCAGCUACAAAUGGCGACUUCCCUCGGAGAGAUGUCGCAGGCGGAGCUGUCCAACUUCGUGGGAGGACUCACUCUAGAAGCUGAUGGCUCAGAGGCCGCAGAUCCUGACGAUAUCCUGAAGCAGUUGGGAGAAACCGCAUUUGAUAAUUUUGAUACGUUUUUCACCGAUCUGACGAACUCUACCGCGUCUGGAGUACCGCAUGUCGAAAUUAAGCAAGAAGAAAACAACAACAUAUCGCCAACGCCUAGCAGCCAGCAACAGAACUCUUAUUACCAACAAAACCAACACAAUUUGCCAAACAAUGGCCAACAGCGAUUGCAACAGUUAUUACGAUCUGGCACCAGUGCCAUUAACCAUGCAGUCGCAAAUAAUAUCAACAAUGGAAGAUACAACAUUGCUUCCGCAAACCCCUUGCUCGCUGAGAAACUAGCAGCGACAUCUAGCGGUAUAAAGCAAGAACCGAUGAGUUCGGAUUACAAUGGAACGAGUAUGAACUAUGGAAACUCUUCGCCUAUGCAGCGGGUGCCGAGUGGGAAGCCGCAAGUGAAUGAUGCUGGCGGAGGAAAAGUGGAUGGAGAGCCCACGGCGCUGUCGCUGGGCGCGCGGGGCUCGCUCAGCAGGGCGCUGCUACACGGGCUCCUGGCGCCCACGCCCGCGCCCAGGCAUCACCUUUACACGGCGCCUAACACGGGCUCCCUCCCCCCGUCGCCCGCGGACAGCGGCGUGUCGGACGUGGAGUCGUCGUCGUCCGGCGCGGGCUCGGCCGAGGAGCUGAAGGCGCGCCUGCAGCCGCCGCCCGCGCCCUUCCACACGCCCUUCCUGCCCUUCUACCAGCAGCACCAGAUCGCGAGCUCGCUGCAGCACCACGUCGCCACACACCCCAGGCCACCUGUGGGCACGGUGGAGCGCGACGCGUACGGGUACGGGUACGGCGGCGGCGGCGGCGCGCACCACUUCGCGGCGCCCGCGCCGCCGCCCCUGCCGCACGACGACCUCCCUUACUCCGUCUUCGACUUCGGGGACUACCAGCGCCACCAGUACCACAACAAGCUCAAGCCCAAGAAGAGGCCCCGCGCCGACGGCCCGCCCACCCCCGGCGUCAAGCGCAAGAGCCGCGAGGGCUCCACCACCUACCUAUGGGAGUUCCUGCUCAAGCUGCUGCAGGACCGCGAGUACUGCCCGCGCUACAUCAAGUGGACGAACCGCGAGAAGGGCGUGUUCAAGCUCGUCGACUCCAAGGCCGUGUCGCGGCUCUGGGGCCUGCACAAGAACAAGCCCGACAUGAACUACGAGACCAUGGGCCGCGCGCUGCGCUACUACUACCAGCGAGGCAUCCUCGCCAAGGUCGACGGCCAGAGGCUCGUGUACCAGUUCGUGGACGUGCCCAAGGACAUCGUGGAGAUCGACUGCUCGCUCGCGUAGACGGCGUCGCUGCGGACGGACUCUCCGCGCGUGAACCUUGUUACGGGAGUACUACGGGACUUUCAUACGUAAUUUGUAUUCGUAGAGAUCGUUAUUCGUUUCGCUCUUUUUCGUACGUUUUUUCACUAACUAUUUACUUACUUUAAAACUUUGAAAAGUAAAUUCGUCUAUUUUUCAAGUCAUCAUGCAUUAUUACGUUUUCCGUAUCGCUUCAGAUAAUUCUGAUAAAUAAAUAAUGAUCGCUCUUAAGAUAAAUUAUAAUGUUAUUAUUCUCGACUUGAAUGGAACUAUAAUAGUAAUUAUUAUAACGUUUAUUAUUAUUACUGAAUUUAAAUAUUUAUACAAAAUAGGAGAGACGAAAUUGAUUGCUCAAAUGUUUAUAUAUAAUACCUAUUUUUAGGGGAAUUUCAGAAAGGAACACUAAUAUUUGCUAGAUGUUAUAUGAUGUGGGUAUGGAGUGGUUUUUUGUAUAAUGUUAAAACGAAUUUUUAAAAGUUUGUAAUGUUUCUACACAUAAAUUAAUAUACGCAAGUCGACGCGCACGCGCACUGCGACCAUUGAUCAGAACUUCCUACUACCUCAAAACUACGCAAAACUAAUAUUACAUAUUAUGAAUAAUAUACAAUUUAUUCGAAAGAACCGUUUUUACAAUAUGCAAUAAGUAAUAUUAUAGUCUAAAUAAGAGUUUAUAUUAAAGAAAUAUUUACGUAAAAAAAUGUUUAUAUUGUAACGACAAAAAUAUCGUAUAUUUGCCCUCAGAUAAAGUAUGUAUAACCUCUUUGGUGCUUCUGACGGCCAUUUGCAUAUUUACACCUUGUUGAACAAACCACCUCAAUUAUAUAUAUUAUAUUACAUAUUAUAUGAUUCAAUUUUAUCUUAUACCAAUUGUCUAGCUAUUCGUUCCUUUGUUAUGACCGAGCCUCGGUUGCUCGAGGGGGAGAAUCGUUAGACGACCUGAAAAUAUCAUUUCAGAAGGUUUUCUCUUUGAUUUUCGGUAGAUAAAUUUUAUUGUAACUAGUGGCGGUGCAAAUGUUAAUAAGUACAAGUUAGUUGAAAUUUAUUACUUAUAAAACUCCCCCGCGAUACUUAGAGGCCUCGAGUCGUCUGAAAUCUAUUGUGUUUUCUAAUUCUUUAUUCGUUUUCGAUUGUAACCGAAUUCCAAUCGAUAAUUUAUUAAGGUUCUUGUUUGUAGAACGCCUAUGUUUCUACUAGAGUACUGAAACCAACUGCCAACUUUCUGUUAGAGCUAAAUAUAGUUUAAGGUAUGAAUUUUGUGCGUUAAUUGUGUUAAUUAUUACAAAUAGAUGUUUACUAUAAGUGAGCUGUUUUAAGUGAACAUGUUCUAGUUUAUUUCGUUUAUUUAAAUUUACUAUAAGCCUGUUGGGGGGCCUCGGGCGAGCAUUCUUUCGACAUAUCAAACCAUAUUCGUAUGCCCACAUCCUAAUUUAUCAGCAUAUCAGUUAAAAACAAAUAUAUAAUUAUUGUAAAAAAAUCUAUUGUGAUAUAUUACCUAUACUUUUUCAUAGCAUCAGCGCGAGGCCCCUAUUUUUUGUUACCUGAGUAAAUAUUAUAAAUAAUUAAUUACGAUUUGUGGUCCAAUGUUAAUGAAUCAUAAUACUUUUAACUAGAUAGUCGUUAAAGGAUCAGGUUAAGCCGUAGCCUAGUUCGCGUUGAGUUUACAAUAUAACACACAAUGCAAAGAGAACACAUCAUUUUGUAUAUUUAUACAGUUACGUAACGACAGAUAACUUCAAUUUGCAGCCGAAUUGUUAAACUGGUCAGUAUUGAUGAGUUUAUGAAGGUGUAACGGACGUUUUCAUCUUUGGAACCUACCUUUCUUUAUAGGUAUACCGUCGUACACCUAUUGCUUGACUGAGACGCCUCGUAGGCAGGGUUGUAAGAAAAACAAUUUUAAAAAUCUUUUUUGUUUAAAACAUGAUUAAAACUGAUUUUAUAUAAAUAAAUGUUUUAAAAACUUGUUUUAACCAUUUGUUUAAAAUUUAUUUGAACGUUUGUUUACAACAAGCCCAACGUGCCCAUGGGCUUGUAUGGGUUCCGGGAAGGUGACAAUGACGUUUAAAUUCUUUGAUUUAUUUUUGCACCAUCAAUACAGUGAUAUCGCAGCCAAAGGCUAACUCGAAUAGGAAUACAAAAUUUAGAUCAACUGUCACCCUUUCAUAACCAGCACUUCACGAAUCGUCUCAGUGAAACGGUACAGCUAUAAAAUCAUUUUGAAGUUGUCUGCCGAUACUUUGUUAUAUUUCUUUACGAGUGCGUAAGGAAGGUGUUGUUAGUUAGGAGCGGCGUGUCCAAUAUAUUGAUAUGUACAACGAGAUGCGCAGCCCGCGCCCUAUAUUGAAAACUAUAAUAAUUCCCGAAUGUUAUGCAAUAUUUUUAUAUUGAAAUCGAAGUAUAUAAAUAAUAUUUAGCGAGUAAGAGUCUAUAGUAUGUUACGCGAGGCGCGGGCUACGCACUUCGCUCAACUUGAAAGGGUCAAUGAAGCCUUAAGUGAAUCGAAAUGUAAAGUAAAUGGGUGCUAAGUGUGGGACCGGCAGGUUAGUGCGACGGAUACUCGCUCUAUAGUAACGUAGUACCACAGGACCGCAGCAGUGAAGUAUAGUAACAGUACACAAACGCAUACACCCAGUGCGCCAGUGCUGGGCGCCAGUGCUGGGCGCCAGUGCUGGGCGCCAGUGCUCGGCGCCAGUGAACGAUCUCAGUGUCCAAAACUUCUUCGAACAAAUCCAGUGCCCGUUUCAUGUGAUCUAAACUUAUACAUAUGAAUAAAAUAAUAAAAAGUGGAAUUUUAAUCGUAUUUUUAUAUAGGUAGGAGAAAUUCUCAAAAUGAACUUUCUUUUUUAAUCUAUUUUUUGCUUUUGUAAAUAUAACUAUAGGUUUUAACUUAUUUAUUUCGUCUUGUAAAAGUAUUUCACCCCCGCUGGAUCCGCGCAUCGGACGAAUUAGAAAAAUAAAUUAAAUAAAUUUGAUUAUAAUAUUACUUAACUCUAAAUAAGCUAGUUAAAUUAUUACGUGCACGAAUGCAACAAACUGUUGAGAUCUAUAUAUUUAUUGAAUUUUAUUUAGUAGAGUCGCUUGCGUGGAUCUCGCGAGGCGAUACUUUUUUUUCCUUUUUCUAGGAAAUUUCGUUCUAUAUAGGCUACAAAUUUUAUUGUAAUAUACAUAAUUAUAUGUAAUGGUAGUAAUGAAUGGACCACGUGAUGGCAGGGGCGCGCUCUCAGAAUUUAUAAUUCGGCUAGUGUGAAAGUUAUGAGUUACCGGUUAGUAGACAAAAUGUUUGAGCAGACAUUUAAAAAGAUGCUCGAAAAUUAAAAAAUAUUUUAGUCGAAUUGAUGUUGUUAAAUUAAAAAUUAAAGUUUCUAUAAAUUAAUAAUGUACUUAAAUUUCAAUGUAAAUUUUACCAGCACCUCGUGAAAAUUAUUGUUAAUUAAAAUUGAUUUUAAUCGAGCCUAGUCUUAGUAUCGUAAAGUUCGUUUAUUUCGGGCGACACCUCGGUGCGAGCUCCACGGUCUCCGAAGGCCGAUUGCGGAAUGCACGGGAAAUUGUAAAUACAAUGUUAAAAUAAUCCAAACGCACACCCUCGCGGCCCUUGGACGAUAGUCAAUGGCGUCUAGAUAGGUGAAAUAUGAAAAUAUUUUGCUCUAAAGCAAUGAGAAGGUUAGUGAAUUUGGUAUUAGGGGGAGGGCGGUGUUCGCUGAUGAAACACGUUUUGUCUACUAUUUCAAUGUAUUCUUAUUCACUAGUUAAUGUCCAGUAAUUCAAUACGUAAUUGGUGAAAGCGUGUGGAUUGUUUUAUUUUGCAUGUCAUUUUGAGAUAAAUUUAAAAUUAUGUUCGACUUCUCGACGCCAGAUGGCGGUAAUUUCUUUAUUGUUUUAAUAAAAUUGAAAAAUUGUCAACCUUUUAGUUCUGAGAGUUAUGUGCGUUAGUGAUUUUUUAGUACGUUACAGUUGCUUUUAGAUUUACGCAAAGUCCGAUUAUUUUAACUGUAAUUUUAGUUGGUUAAUUUAACAAAAUACCUACUGUAUUUUCUGCCCCCUAGUUAAGUUAUUUUUCUAUGUAUAGCUAGUAGUAAGUGUAAAUGAUUUAGAAUAUAAAUUUGAUGCAUGAUGAUAAUGUUAAUAAAAUAUCCACAAUAAAAUACAAAUGUAUGUUUUUGUCAAA